AUGAGCUUGGAGCGCGAGCUUCGCCAGCUGAGAAAGGCCAAGGCCAGGGCCCAGCGGAGCGGGCAGCUGCGGGAGGAGGCCGCCUCCUGCCACCAGCUGGGGGAGCUGCUGGCCAGCCGCGGCCGCUACGCGGAGGCCCUGGAGGAGCACCAGCAAGAGCUGCAGCUCCUGGAGAGCGCCGGCGACCGCCUGGGCUGCGCCGUGGCCCACCGCAAGAUCGGGGAGCGGCUGGCCGAGAUGGAGGACUACUCGGCUGCCCUGAAGCACCAGCAUUGCUACCUGGAGCUGGCCUGCUCUCUGUCUAACCACGUCGAGCUACAGAGGGCCUGGGCCACCAUGGGCCGUACCUACCUGGACAUCUAUGACCACAGCCAGUCACGGGAUGCCCUGCUGCAGGCGCAGGCUGCCUUUCAGAAGAGCUUGGCCAUUGUGGAUGAGAAGCUGGAGGGGGCUGUGACCCACCGAGAGUUGAUUGAGAUGAGGACUCGGCUUUACCUAAACCUGGGCCUCACCUUUGACAGUUUGCAGCAGCCGGCCCUGUGCAGCGACUACUUCAAGAAGAGCAUUUUCCUGUCUGAGCAGAACCAUCUCCUUGAGGACCUGUUCCGUGCCCGCUAUAACCUAGGCACCAUCCACUGGCAAGCAGGGCAGCACUCCAAGGCCAUGCGCUGCCUGGAGGGCGCCCGGGAGUGCGCCCGUGCGCUGAAGAGGGGGUUCAUGGAGAGUGAGUGCUGCGUAGUGAUCUCACAGAUCCUCCAAGACCUGGGGGAUUUCUUGGCUGCCAAACGUGCCCUGAAGAAGGCCUACAGGCUAGGUUCCCAGAAGCCUUUGCAAAGGGCGGUGAUUUGCAGGAGCCUCAAGUAUGUGCUAAAGGUGCUUCGGCUGCAGCAGCAGCUGGAAGAAACCAAAGGCUCAGACCCUGAAAGCGCCAUGGGUAUCUGUGAACAGCUGGGGGACCUGUUCUCCAAGGCGGGCGACUUUCCCAAGGCAGCUGAGGCCUAUCAGAAGCAGCUGCGUUUUGCGGAGCUGCUUGGCCGGCCAGGGUCCGAGCUGGCCGUCAUCCACGUGUCCCUGGCCACCACCUGGGGUGACAUGAAGGAGCCACGCCGAGCAGUGCACCACUAUGAGGAGGAGCUGAGGCUUCACAGCGGGAACCCCCUGGAGGAGGCAAAGACCUGGUUCAACAUCGCGCUGUCGCGAGAGGAGGCUGGGGAUGUCUACGAGUUGCUGGCUCCAUGCUUCCAGAAGGCUCUCAGCUGUGCACAGCAGGCCCAGAGGCCCCAGCUACAGAGGCGCAUCCUGCAGCACCUGCAUAAGGUUCAACUGAGGCUGCAGCCUCAGGAGGCCCCUGACUCGGAGGCCAGACUUCAGGAGCUGAGUGCAGCCGAGGAGGGGGAGGAAGAGGAGGAAGUGGAAGAGGAAGAGGAGGACAGUGAGGCUCUGGAGUCCAGUGAGGUGGAGCUCUCGGAGAGCAGCGAGGAGAAUGAGGGCCUGGAGGAUGAGGAGCUGCGGGGCUGCCUGCGCCCUCGGAAAGCGAGCAAGUGGAGCCGGAGGAAUGAUAUGGGUGAGACCCAGUUGCACCGGGCCUGCAUCGAGGGCCAGCUGCGCCGUGUCGAGGACCUGGUGAGGCAGGGCCACCCUGUUAAUCCCCGGGACUACUGUGGCUGGACACCGCUGCACGAGGCCUGCAACCACGGGCACUUGGAGAUUGUCUGCUUCCUGCUGGACCACGGGGCUGCAGUGGAUGACCCAGGUGGCCCGGGCUGUGAAGGCAUCACCCCGCUGCACGACGCCCUCACCUGUGGCCACUUCGAGGUAGCUGAGCUGCUCAUUGAGCGUGGGGCAUCCGUGACCCUGCAAACCACCAAGGGCCACAGCCCCCUGGAGACACUGCGGCAGUGGGUGCAGCUGUACAGCAGGGACCUUGACCAAGAGACACGGCAGAAGGCUGCCACCAUGGAAAGGCUGCUUCAGACAGCUGCCAUGGGCCGAGGCAAGCAGGCCCCCACUGGGUCCCAGGCCAUCCCGAGCAGUGCUUUGUUUGAUCCUGAGAACUCCCCUCCCUCGAGCCCCGGUCCAGAACCUCCCUCUCAUACCCCAAAGGCCCCAGAGGCCCCACAGGCCCAUGCCAGGGUCUCCACCAGACAGGUAGCACCCACUGUGCCUCGGAGAGGCCGGCUUGAGCUGGCCAGCAGCAGCAGCAGCUCAGAGGGUGAAGAUAGCCAGGACCUCCUCCAGCCAGCCCAGAAGAGGCCUCGGCCCUUGGCAUCCACCCAGCAAGCCCCAGGCCAGAGGGCCAGCCCUGCCAGGGACAGAGAGGCAGCCGUGGCCAGUGCCAGCCGGGCGGCCUAUCAGGCAGCCAUCCGGGGCGUGGGGAGUGCCUGGAGCCGCCGUUUGGGGCCCAGCCAGACUUGGGGCCCGGGUGAUGCCCCUGCUCCCCGGGCGGCUCUAAUCCCUGAGGAGGAGUGCCUGGCCGGGGACUGGCUGGAAGAUGACUUGCACUUCACCGUUGGCCACCAGAGGGGCAGCCGCCUAGGCAGUGGGGACAGCACCAGACAUGGAGGGCCUGGCUCUGGUGGCAGGGAGCGUCCCACCAGGCCCCGGGCCCGGCAGAGCCGUCUGGCCCUCCCAGUCCACCGUGAGAGUCGGCGUGUGGAGGUCGAAGCAAGCCCAGAGGGCGGCUCAGCUGAGGAGCCCCUGGGAAGCCCCAGUACCACGGAGGUCCCUGGGCCUGUCCAGGAGAGCCUCAGAGCAGGCCAGCCCUCGGGCCCUGCCUUGCCCCCACCUGUCCGGGUUCGUGUCCGAGUUCAGGAUAAUCUCUUCCUCAUCCCUGUCCCACACAGCACUGAGGCCCACUCUGUGGCCUGGCUGGCCGAGCAGGCCACUCAGCGUUACUAUCAGACCUGCGGGCUGCUGCCGAGGCUCACGCUGCAGAAAGAGGGGGCCCUGCUGGCCCCGCAGGAUGCUAUCCUGGAUGUGCUACAGAGCAAUGAGGAGGUAUUGGCUCAAGUGACUUCAUGGGACCUGCCCCCAUUGACCGACCGGUACCACAGGGCCUGCCAGAGCCUGGGGCAAGCGGAACACCCGCAGGUGCUGCAGGCCAUGGAGCGCCAUGGCUCAGGCCCCACCUUCAGUGCCUGCUGCCUGGCUCUGCGUCAGGCCCAGCUCACCCCCCUGCUGCGGGCCCUCAUGCUCCAUGCAGCCUUGCGGGAGCUGCGCCUGGCAGGGAACCGGCUGGGGGAGGGGUGUGCUGCCGAGCUGCUGGCUGCCCUGGGCACCAUGCCCAGCCUGGUCCUCCUCGACCUCUCCUCCAACCACCUGGGCCCAGCCGGCCUGCACCAGCUUGCCUCGGGCCUCCCAGACCAGUCUGCCUCUCAGAGCUUGGAGGAGCUGGACUUGAGCAUGAACCCUCUUGGGGACACCUGUGGCCUGGCCCUGGCUGCUAUCCUCCGGGCCUGCCCCUCGCUCAACACGCUGCGCCUCCAGGCCUGUGGCCUUGGCCCCAGUGUCUUCCUGAGUCACCAGGCUGUCCUGGGCAGCGCCUUCCGAGAAGCUGAGCACUUGAAGACGCUGUCACUGUCCUACAAUGCCCUGGGCACCCAGGCCCUGACCCAGGCCCUGCAGAGCUUGCCCGUCCGUACCCUCCUGCACCUGGAGCUCAGCUGUGUGACAGCCAGGAAGAGCGACCCUGGGCUCAUGGGACCUAUGGUCAGGUACCUGACCAAGGAGGGCUGUGUGCUGUCACACCUGACCCUGUCUGCAAACCACCUGGAUGACAAGGCUGUGGGAGACCUGAGCAGCUGUCUCCCUCUCUGCCCCUCACUCAUCUCACUGGACCUGUCUGCCAACCCUGAGGUCAGCUGUACAGGCCUGGAGGGGCUCCUGUCUGCUCUCCAGGAGCGGCCCCGUGGGCUCAUCUUCCUCAGCCUGUCAGGCUGCGCCAUCCAGGGUCCCCUGAGCCUGGGCCUUUGGGACACAAUUACUGCACAACUGCAGGAGCUGCAGCUAUGUGGUCUGCGGCUCACCCCCGAGGACCGGGACGCCAUGCGCCGGGUGCUGCCCAGCCAGCCGGGUCCCGGCGUGUGCACACUGGACCGUGGUGCCAAACUCUUCUUCAAACGCCUCUGA